AUGGAACAACCUCCUCCUUCGCCGCCAGGGGAAACCCCAAUUACAAAGAAGAAGCGGAACCCCAGCUUCCGCCGCAUGUUGAGGGACCAAGGAAUUGAUGUCCCGCCUGUUGUGCAGGGAGUCCGGCCCCCCGAUCUGCCUCCCAAGCGGAAACGUAAUCAGCGCCGGCCCGGCAAGAAAAGGGCCAAGAAGAGAAAGGCAGAAGCUGCUGCUGCCGCUGAGUCUUCCUCCACUACUGCCGCCCCCGCUGAUUUGGACCCCGCUGCUGUCUCGUCGCCGGCUGCCUCCUCCUCGUCCACUGCUUGCCCCUCGCCCGCUGCUCGGCCCUCUCCCCCUGCUCCCACCUCUCCUCCUUUGUUGCCCGCAACUGUGGCAUUGCCCGCUGCUGUGUCUCCGUCUGUUGCUGCGCCCUCUCCUUCUCCCGCUCGUGCACCCACCAUCAACAAGCCUUCCUCUUCUCACAAGGAAGUCACCGAGCCUGGAGAUGAACAGGUCUGGGACCCCGUGGACCCUUUGGGUCUGUUUGAUGAGCUCGAGGGCCCCUUGGACUGGCCAUCCGAGGGGCUCUUUGACUGA